AUGAAUGAUGAAAAUUAAUAAGACUUGAUAAUUGUCAAAUCUCAAGGUCCUACUGCUUAGAAUUUAAGAUAUUUAGUUUAGGUGGAUUAAGGCCACCAUGGUUCCAAUUCUAGUACAGGUGAUGGUUUAUUUAGUGAACCAUAAAAUAAUGAUAACUAAUAAAAUGAUGAAAAAAUAGAAAGCUACACUGAUUCAAAUAAUACGACUGAAUAAAAUUCUCUUAAAAUAGAAAAAAAUUAAUAAAUAGGAAGAAAAUUAGAUAUUUUUUGCACGUUUUUCUUUGAUGACUAUAGAAAAAAAAAAGGUUAUUUAAACUCAAUGCCAUUUUACAAUAAGAAUGAUCAAAGAAAUAUAUCAAAAUAAGACUUCUACUUUUUGAUUAAAUAAUUUGAGAUACCUGAAGAUUUUGAUACUUAUUUUUAAAAAUGGAAAAACAACAAUGAAAAUUCGUGCUAAAAAAAAAAAAAAUAACAUAUUUCAAAGGGGUAAGGAGAAAGACAUGAUAAAAAAAAAUUUAAACAAUUUGAGAUAUUUAUGAACCAUUGCUAAAAUAUUAAUAAUUUAGAUGAAUUUAAGAGAGCAUAAGUAGUGAUUAAUGAAAGAAAUAAAAAUUAUGUUGAACACAUGAGAAUAUUUUGCUAAACAGAUCACAUACCUAUUAUGAAAACUAAAAAAAUAAAGAAAAAUAAAGAAAAGUAUGAAGAUGGUCAAUACUUUAUUAAUAAUUUAAUUUAAACAGAAUUAUUAGACAAUCCUGAAAAAUUAAUAUGA